AUGUGGGACCGAAGUGCCGAUUCAUGGAGCGGUGUGACGUGCAAGGACGGCCUUGUUGUGGGGCUCGAUUUGAGUGACGAGUCAAUCUCUGGCGGAAUCGACGGUUCGUCAAGUCUCUUCAAGCUUGAGUUCCUUCGAAGCUUGAACUUGGCUUUCAACAACUUCAACUACAUGGCAAUUCUAUUGAGCCUUGCGAAUCUUAGCCUCUUGGAAAAUCUCAACUUGUCCAAUGCUUGGUUCACUAGGCAGAUUCCUGCAGAGCUAUCUCGCCUAAGGAAGCUACGUACUCUUGAUCUGACUUACCUUUACUCUUUGAAACUUGAAAAGUCCUCUUUGAGGUCGUUGAUCGGGGAUUUGGGGGAGUUGAGGGAGUUGUACCUUGAUAUGGUCAAUGUGUCUGCUGAGGGAAGUGAGUGGUGCGACGCGUUGUCUUCUUCAGUUCCAAAACUUGAGGUGCUGAGCAUGUCUUAUUGUUCUUUUUCUGGUCCUAUUGACGCUUCUCUUAUGAGUCUUGCUAAUCUAUCGGUCAUUCGACUCAGAAGCAACAACUUGUCCACCACAGUUCCUAGUUUCUUAGCAAAUUUCUCCAGCUUGAAAAUGCUGCACCUAGGUGAUUGUGGCCUGCAGGGAGAAUUUCCUCAAAAAGUCUUCCAAGUACAAACACUUCAGAACCUUUACCUAUCAAGCAAUGAACUCCUUAAGGUAUUUUUGCUCGAUUUUUUGGAGGAUAGUUCUCUUGAGACUCUGGUCAUGUAUGGUACCAAUAUCUCAGGGAGGAUACCCGAUUCAAUCGGUAAUCUAAGAAAAUUGUUGUUGUUAGACCUGUAA